AUGACAUCAUCUUUGGAUGUAACACCAGAAAACUUUGUUCGUGUUGUUCAUAUGCUUUAUCAUGAUCAAGAUGCUACAAGAAAAAAAAUACCUUCAGAAUGGUUACUUAAUGUUCAAUCAUCGCUUUAUGCGUGGUCACUUGCCGAUCAAUUAAUACGAAUGAAUGAAAAUUCUGAAGUAACUUGUCUUUCAGCUCAAAUUCUUCGACAUAAAAUUCAACAUAAUUUUGAUGAACUACCGGUAGAACAUUGUAAAGCUUUAUGUGAUUCUUUACUUGAUCGUUUAUCUCGAAUAGAACUUACUCGUAAUACAACAGUGCGUGUUCAAUUAGCUGUUGCAACGGCUGAUUUAGCUCUUCAAUAUGUUGGUUGGGAAAAACCAGUUGAAGAUGUUGUUGAAAAAUUAAAAACAUCGAGUGAACAUAUGUUAACAUUACUUGAAUUUCUAACCGCACUACCUGAAGAACUCAAUACAUCAACAAUAAGAAUCGGAGAAAAUCGUCGUCAAUAUUGUCGAGAAAAAUAUUCGAAUUGUGGAAAACAAAUUCAUGAAAUAUUAAUAUUUCUUCUACAAGUUAAUCCUUCACAUAAUGAAUUAUUAUUUAUUGGUAUUCUUAAAUGUUUUGCAUCAUGGAUUACUAUAACAAGCAUUUUAUGA